AUGCAGCAGGCAACUAUAGCCAAGCGUGUGCGCACUCCGACCGGUGUCAAUCUAUACAAAAAAAUUCAUGAAAAAACCGAUGAGAAGCUGAAGGAUUUCAUCAAGCAGAGCUCGUUGGAUACUUACAAUCAGGAGGCCAAACCGUUGCAAGUCGAAGCCGUUUUCAACCUUGCCAAGUCAUUCGAUCAGGUUUACUUCAGUACGACUUUUCAGAACCGGCUGGCAAUGAUUGUGGUCGACAAAGCUCAUAUGGUAUAUAUAUGGGGUCUAGUCGAGAGCUCGACAUCAAAAACGAUCCAUUCAGUUCAUCUCCGUAUUGAAGAUUACGCCUUGUUUAGGCCUUGCUACGGGAAGCUCGGGCCGCACUUACUUUUCCGAAACGAGAAACCAAUCUUGUUACUGUCGGCAACGUGUCGUCCUGUGGCCGUGGAUGGAAUAAAGAAGAGUCUUAAACUGAACGAUGAUAAUCUGCACAUUUUGCGCGGGGAGCUCACACGGCCGGAAAUUUGUAUCAUCCGGGUUGAAAUGGAUCAUUCUCUUGCAUCUACUCUGGACUUGCUCAGGAUUUUUCCCUCGGCUAAGGACGUUCCAAAUCAUGCAAUGGUGCCGACUUUGAUCUACAGCAGCUCUCGCAAUCGAACCCUGACCGCCAUGGAUGUUGUCGAUCUGGCCCGAGAGACUCCCGGCAAUGCGUUUUCUCCUCCCAGCACUUGCAUCCGUCGAUUUCACUCUUGCACGGGUGAUCAGGAUAAAGUUGAUUGUGUGGAAGGUUUUGCUUCGGGUGUAUUUCCUUUGAUCUCUUGUACUAUGGCCCUUGGCCUUGGUCAAAACUGGAAGCGAGUGCGGAUGGUGGCUCACAUGGGGAGGGGUGAUCCGGCCUCUAUCUGUCAAAUGAUUGGAAGAUGUGGGAGGGACGGUCGACCUGGGCUCGCUGUGAUGUUUGUUGAGAAGACUCGCCGAAACGGAAAGAACUCAGUUGAACAGUUCUCCCAAGGUGGGGUCCAAUCAGAUCAGGAUCGGAUGGAUGCGCUUGCUAUCACGCCGGUGUGUCUACGCAUUGCAUUUUCUAUUGAUAACUUGCUUGGCUACAUCCCACUAUCGGUGGAUGACCCUGCGUACAUCUACAACUUCGAUGAUAUCAUAGGCGAUAAAUUUCAAACAACAGAGACCCGAGAUAUCCGCCUCAAAUACCCUGCAAAGCCAUCGUUGUUCAGGAAGCGCAAAAUUCCUGAUUCUGAUAGACCCGUCUUGGAGGCUUUUAAGAUUCAACUCAUUGCCGACUUGCAUAAUUACUAUCAGCUCACUUUCGGCUCGGAAGGUCCUCUCGCCCCGGCUGAUAUCUUUGGAGAUGAGGAAGCGGAAUCAAUAAUCUCUUACUCGCAUCACAUAAACAACACAAACGAUGUUAGGACGGUCAUAGGUGGGGAAUGUUUUGAAGGUCAACUCAAUUGGCUUUUAGAUCAGAUCACUAUCUUCAAAACAUCGCGCGAGGGUAACGACCAUCCGAUCUCACAUAAGAAGCGUAGGGCAGUGUCUGGAUCAGCUGCGAUCACGUCUCUACCUUCCCAACCUUCAGUUGGCUCGUCAAGGAACCGAUGUGCAUCUGCAACGAGUGCUCCUAGGCCCCCAUCAAAGAAGGUCCUCGCGGCUGAGGCGAGGCGUCAGAAAUCGAACGAGAAGAAGGCUCAAGAUGCUUUAUGGUUGCUUUCAGAACAAAAGCGCAAGGAACAGGUGGCGACAUUUCUUAGGGAGGGUCUAGAGAAAGCGCAUAAGGAAAAAGAAGGAACAACAAAAGAUGCAUAA